GUGAUGAGUGCUAUGAAUAUCGAUCACAGAUGAGGCCAGAUGGAGGACUCACCUGCACCCGUGAGAAUGACCCAAUACGUGACAUUUCUGGCCGGACACAUAGCAACACAUGCAUGAUGUGUGCAGAGAAAUUCAAAAAAGAAAUCAGAGAAGGCAAGUUUGGUAGUGGAGGAAUAAUCCAUAAUGCAAACGGAAACAGAAUUGUUCAAAGCAACAUAAACCGAGGAAAUGUAAAUCAGAACAACUGCAAUCCAGUUGGUGGGUCUCUGAACAGAAAUGAUGUAAAUAAUCCCUGCUCAGCAGAUGGCAGGAUUGCAUUGGGUGAUUACAGAUCUUACACCAACUGUGGAGGGGUAGGAGAGUCAUCGCAAUACAGUGCCAAUUGUGAAAAGCGUUUUUUCAACCAGAAGAAGAAAAAGGCUGCCAUUGAGCACAAGUUGAACUGUGGCCAGGUUUUAGCUGAUCUAAAAGAAAAAGGGAGUGCCUGCAGCUCUGUGUGGUCUCCUGUUUGUGGCACUGAUGGAAAAACAUACAAAAAUAAAUGUCUCCUGUGCUCGGAAAUUGAGAGAACUGAAGAUGCCCUUGCACUAAAGCAUGAAGGCGAAUGCCCUGAAGAUGUUCAUGGAACGGUUGAUUGCAGCAGAUAUCCCCAGACGAGAGGAAAAGUCCUUUGCGAGAGAAGUACUCAGGAGGUUUGUGGCACAGAUGGUGAGACAUACAGCAGCGAGUGUCUGCUUUGUGACAGAAUCCUGAAAACAAAAUCUGAGAUUGGUAUAAAGAAUAUUGGACCGUGUCUUAAGGGCAAGAGAUGGAAGAAUUGACAUGAGCCAUCAAGGAAAUAAAUGAAUCUUCAAGUGCUUCAAAACCUGCC